CCAUAAAGUGAUUAAUCAAUAAAAUAUAAAACAGUGUCAAACAGAUGGAUUUAACACAAUAUUGAGGAUUUUAUGACGAGCGUUAACAUUUGGGAUUACGACUGAAUGGAUUACUCUUUGAAUGCGACAGAUAAAAAAACAUCCGAUUAAAUUUAUUUUAAAAGUUAGUGAAAAGGAAAAAAGUCGAAAUACGAUAAAGAAAUUAUGUGAAGUGAAAUAAAAAAGGCUAGAGGAAAGACGCU